AUGAAGCUCACUGCGCCCCUUACGACGUGGCUGGCGCUGGCGCUCGGCCUCGCCGCGCUCAACACCGGCACCGCCGCGGUGCCCACCUCGAGCUCGGAGCCGGCUGUGGAUGGAGCGACUGGGCGUGUUGAGCAUCACAUCAGUGCAGAGCGUCUCACGCACUCGACUCCACGUCGCAUGGACGGAUUCCAGCGCAUGCUCGAGCGACGAUACGCCAAGCAGCAGCAACGUAUCCAGGCGAGUAUCGCCGUCGACGACAAGACCAGCUCGGGCAAUGCGCUCUUCGGCCAGGUGCUGAGUGCAGUGCGAGGUGGACUGUCCUCCCAGCAGGGCGUUGGAUCCGCGCUGUCCAAGUACGUCGACUACCUCGUGGCCGACGUGGCGCCGUCGGUGUCUUCGCACAACAUCUCGGAGCCGGCGUACCACACGCAGCCGCUCGACCACUUUGACAACACGACGCAGGCGCAGUUCCAGCAGCGCUUCUUCUACUCUACGCGGCACUACAAGCCCGCUUCGUCGCGCAAGAACGGCGAGGCGGUCCCGAUCUAUAUCCUGGAUAGCGGCGAGGCGGAUGCCACGGCGCGCAUCCCCUUCCUCGACACGGGCAUCCUCGAUAUCCUCUCCGAGGCGACGGGCGGGAUCGGCAUCGUGCUCGAGCACAGGUACUACGGCACGUCGCUGCCCAACCGCACCGAUCUCGGACCGGGCGAUGCGUGGGGCGUCGACCAGCUGCGCUGGCUCACCAACAAGCAGGCACUGGAAGACUCGGCCGACUUUAUCCGCCACCUCGAUAUCCCCGGUACGGACAACGCCGAGAAGCGCAAGGUGAUCUACUACGGCGGUAGCUAUCCGGGUGGGCGAGCGGCGCAUAUGCGGCUGCUGUAUCCCGAGCUCGUGCACGGUGCGAUUGCAUCGAGUGCCGUCGUGACGGCAGUGGACGAGUUUCCCGAGUACUUUUACCCCAUCGCACGCGGCGCACCCACCAAUUGCAGCCAGGCCAUCCAGGCUGCCAUUGCGGGCAUCGACGAGAUCGUCGCGCCCAAUCCGCUCACCGGCGGCAACCAGCCGGACCGCGAUGCGGACCGCACCAACAAGCUGCUGGAGCUGUUUGGCCUGCAGGGGCUGAGCAACCUGGGCGACCUGGCGAACCUCAACACCUAUCCGCUCGGGGCGUUCCAGAGCCUCAACUGGGACCCUGCGGUGUCGUCGACCGAGUUUGGCGCGUACUGUGAUGUGCUCACCACGUACGGUGCCAACGGCACGUAUCCGGCUGGGUCCGAGAGCGAGCGUAUGGCGGGUAAGGGCCUCGAUGUGCCGCGCGAGGUGCAUGCGCUGGCACACUACAUGCGCACCAACUACAUUGAUCCGUGUGUGCGUGGCGAAGAUGACGAGCCCGGCUCGACGCCCGACGAAUGCUUUGCCACGGACUUUGAUGCCUUUGCCAACGCCAAGAAGCUCGAUGCGGGGCGCGCAUGGACGUUCCAGUACUGCUCGACGUGGGGGUACAUCAUGACCGCGCCUCCUGUGCCGCGCUACCUGCCGACACCGGAUGGCAAGAGCAAAUACUUUGUCUCGUCUGGUCCCAAGCUCGUUUCGACGCUGUUGGACUAUGCGUAUGCGCACGAGAUUUGCCAGCGCGGCUUCCCCAAGGGCGACCACUUUGAGAUGCCCGCCCGACCGGACAUCGACGAGGUCAAUCGACUAGGCAACUUUGCGCUCGCCGUAGACAGGCUGGCGUUUGUCGAUGGACAGUACGAUCCUUGGAGACCCGCAACGGUGCAUUCCGAGGAAUUUGCCGCCGGUGGCAAUCGCCCCGAUACAGUCACACGGCCGUUCAAGCUCAUUCCGGACUGCUGGCACCACUGCGACGAGAACGGAGUCAAGGACGAAAGCAAGACGCCCGAACGCGUGCGCCUCAUCCACAAGCAGCAGGUCGAAUUCGUCAAGGCCUGGCUCAAGCACGAUUGA